GCCCUAACAACUUCUCUGUGUUUCUUCUCAAGUCCAUUAUCAUCACGCCUCCACUCCUCCCUCUGGCUCUGUUGCUCAUCAGUUCGUCGUCGCUGGAAGCCAUGUAGUGCUGCCUCAUGCUAGUAAUUAUUUCAAAUAACUUUUGCUGUGAAAAGAUAUAGAUGGAGUUUAAAAUGGGAGAAAUAAAGAAGAAUUUGUGAAAAAUUAGGGUGCUCUAUUUAUGAGGUCAUAAAAGAGAGGAAAGGGAAAAAAAAGGAAAAAAAAAAAACAGGAAAAGAGAAAAUAUAGGAAAAGAAGGGAAGGAAGCCGUAGCCUCCAUCUUCUUCCCUUCUCCCUUGCAGCCGCCGACCACGCCGCCCCCUUCUCAGUAUUGUUCGCCGCCGAUUACACAGAAAAACUCACAAGUUGCGACGGUGACCGCUGGCAACUUGUCUUUGCGCAUUAGACCCACGUAUUCUUGCGCGUUUCCUUGCUCCAUGAUCGACGUGGAACUAGCCUGCGACGUGAACACCAACUUCGAACAAGUUUCGUAGCAUCGUUUCUUCUCCGUCUGAUGCUCCAACGUGGGAAAUAAGUUGUGCAUCACGUUCUCGACAACUGGGUGUCUUGCAACACCGUUUUUUUUUUUUUUUUUUUUUUUACUUGGGGAUACUACCCACACUCCGAUUGGCUUCAAAUCAGUUUAGGACACCAAACAGCGAUGAUUAGAGCCUGAUUUGCUUGCAUAAAAAAUUUUCUAUCAGGAGUUCUAAGAACGUUCAUCCUUGCACAAAUAUGCCGUCAAAGGGGAAGAAGAACUUAAAGACAUUCUCUAGAUUGUCAGAUUCAAACCACUCUCAAUCUCCAGUGCCACGAUUGACAAUACCUCCUGCCUCCGAAGUUUUUGAAGAUGGGUUUCUUUCCUCUAUUGAAGAAGCUUCAAGUAAAUAUCCUUCUUUGAUUGGUAAAUCUGCUUUUGUUGCGAGAGUUACUAAUGCUCCAGUUCAAUCUACUGGCUGUAAGGUUUGGCUUUCUGAAUCUUCUAUGGUUGCUUCUGGCUUCACCCAAGGGGCUAUUGUCUCGGUAGCACUUUCCAAGGGAGGUAACAAUUUAAAGGGCUUUCCUCUGUCCUUGUUAGCAGAUGAAUGUGGUUGGCACUUUGGGGUUGAUUUUGGAGAUUCAGUAAUCCAUGAAGCGGGAAAUUACUUUGCUCUUGCGAGAAUUUUCUCUUCUAGUAAGGAGUUAAAUGAUGGAGUGCAAUUAUCAACAAACCUCUCGUUUACCUUGGGUUGCCCUACAAUUGGCCGUGUUGUGUUUAUCUCCCCUUUAAAAACCUACCUAUGCAAUGAUCCAUUAAAUGAUGAUGGUAAAUUGAAGAGCACGGAAGUUGAAUCUCUGAGAAUAUACAAUUGUAAGGAACUGUUUCUGGAUCUAGCUUCUUCAACCAAUAUAUCAACAAAAGAUAACUUAUUCUCUUCCUCAACUACUCAUUUAAGAAAGGUUCAUGGUUGUAGUGAAAAUGGUAAUUUAACAUCCCCAAGCACCAUGCUGUCUGCUUCUCCUAAAUGUGAUGACGUGGUAUCGAAUUUACCGAGUCCAUGUGCUCACUCACUUAUUAAGGAGGCCUUAGGAGAUGAUACCGUCAGAAAAACUCUACAGAUGAUUGCUUCCAAUGAGUUGUAUAAACGUUGUUUGCUGUGUGGUAAUCUUGUAACUAUCCCAGUGCUUUCAGAUCUUUGUACAUUUCAUGUAAGGGGUGGUAAAGGACUGUCAGGAUGUAAUGACCCUUAUGAUUCUAUGCACAGUGGAAAUGACAAUCAUCUUCAACAUUGUUCAUCAAAUGAAUAUGUGGAUUGUGCUUUCAAUAUAGAUAAGCUGACAGAAGUAUUUAUAAAUGUUCAAUCAACCAUGGUCUCAGAGACAGUGCAAGAAAGAGUUCCAUCAAAUGUGGAACCUCAAAAUCCAAAUAUUAGAGCUAAAGUAAAGCCUAAAAUUUGGAAAUUGGGUGGCCUUUCAAAAGAAUAUUCAGUUUUGAAGGAUAUUAUAAUUGCAUCAUCAUUAAAUAGCACCUUGUCAAGCCUCGGUUUACAAACCACAAAGGGAGUACUUCUUCAUGGUCCUCCUGGUACUGGAAAAACUUCCUUGGCUCAAUUAUCUGCUCAUGAUGCUGGUGUCAACUUAUUCUCUUUGAAUGGACCUGAAAUUAUAAGUCAAUAUCAUGGGGAAAGUGAACAGGCCUUGCAUGAUGUUUUUAAGGCGGCAAGUGAAGCUGCACCUGCUGUGAUAUUAAUUGAUGAGUUGGAUGCUAUUGCGCCUGCAAGAAAAGAUGGAGGUGAAGAGCUGUCUCAAAGAAUUGUUGCUACAUUGCUUAAUCUAAUGGAUGGGAUCAACCGAAGUGGUGGGCCACUUGUAAUUGCUUCUACCAACAGACCUGAUAGCAUUGAGCCUGCACUAAGGCGGCCUGGGAGACUUGACCGGGAAAUUGAAAUAGGUGUGCCAUCUCCCAACCAACGGUUGGAUAUUCUACAUACAAUACUAAGUGAAAUGGAGCACUCUCUUUCAGUUGUGCAAGUUCAACAUCUAGCUAUGGUCACACAUGGUUUUGUGGGUGCCGAUUUGGCUGCCCUUUGCAAUGAGGCUGCCUUAGUUUGUAUAAGGCGUUAUCAUGAGUUUAAAGUUUCUUCUGAUUGCCAUAGUUCUGGUAGAUCUGUUAUAGCAGAAGAACAACACAAGUUUAUUGAGGUGGAUUACAAAGCCAAUGUCGAUCAUAUGAUUUUGGAGCCUGUUCUCUCACAAGAUGCAAGAAGUAUAUCAAGCGUUUGCCCAAACCUUGAGUCUUCAUCACUCUCUGAACAUACUUCUACAUCUGACCCGCUAGCAUGCAUGUCCUCGAAUGAAGUGGUUGCUGAUAGUGAGGAUAUUUUUAACUCUUUCGAAAUCAAGGGUAGAUUGAAGAUUGCUUUUGAAGACUUUGAGAUGGCUAGAAUGAAAGUGAGGCCUAGUGCCAUGCGAGAGGUCAUACUUGAGGUUCCAAAGGUAAAAUGGGAAGAUAUUGGUGGACAAAUGGAGGUUAAGGCUCAAUUAAUGGAAGCAGUGGAAUGGCCUCAAAAACAUCAGGAUGCAUUCAAGCGAAUAGGGACUCGACCUCCAACAGGAGUGUUAAUGUUUGGUCCUCCUGGAUGUAGCAAAACUCUCAUGGCACGUGCUGUAGCUUCUGAGGCAGGACUAAAUUUCCUUGCGGUGAAGGGCCCAGAACUUUUCAGCAAAUGGGUUGGUGAAUCUGAGAAGGCAGUUAGAUCUCUGUUUGCCAAGGCAAGAGCUAAUGCCCCAUCAAUCGUAUUUUUUGAUGAAAUUGAUGGUCUUGCUGUCAUUCGUGGGAAGGAAAGUGAUGGGGUUUCUGUCUCUGAUCGAGUCAUGAGUCAACUUCUUGUCGAAUUGGAUGGUUUACAUCAGAGAGUUGGUGUCACUGUCAUUGCAGCUACCAAUCGGCCAGAUAAGAUUGAUCCAGCCCUUCUAAGGCCAGGACGUUUUGAUCGGUUGCUAUAUGUUGGGCCCCCAAAUGAAUCUGAACGAGAAGAGAUAUUUCGUAUCCAUUUGGGCAAAGUUCCUUGCAGCCCAGAUGUCAGUACGAGGAAGUUGGCUUCUCUUACUCAAGGGUGUACAGGGGCUGACAUAUCAUUAAUUUGCAGAGAAUCAGCUUUAUUCGCGCUUGAGGAGAAUCUGGAGGCUUCAAGAAUAAAUAUGCAACAUUUAGAAAUUGCAGCUAGACACGUGAAGCCAUCUGAAACUGAACCUUACCGAGAAUUAUCAUCUAGGUUUCAAAGGCUUGUUUGUUCUAGCUCACAAGAAGUUAAUGUUGUGUGUCAGCAAUCACGAUCUCACUGGUUUUCUUUUUGGCCCCUUGUAAAAUCAGCUGUGUUACUUUUUUCUCGUGUUCGUCACUUGCUUGAAGGCUUCAAAUGAGCAGCAACAAAUUAUGUGUACUUAUACAUUGUCUUCAAGGAAUUGUUUGUCAUGGAACUUAAUCAAGAAUAAGGUAUUCUUGUACUCGGUCUGGAAUGAUAGAUAAAGAACCUAUGACUGCAACACCAAUUCAAAAUUUUGAAGACUUUAAUCUGAGGUUCCUGAAGAAUGAAGAUGGCAUUUACAAAUAAUGGGCUGGGAUGAUUUCAUUCACCAAGUGCAUUUAUCCUGCCUGGAGUUUGCAGGUGGUGGGGGAAGUUUUUGCCCUUUUGGAGGCUUGUGAGCUGCAAUGUGUUCAUAGGACCAUGCAUUGUGGGUCUACGAGCUUUGCUGCUUUCUUUGGUGUCACGGAAAAUGCCUGAGAGAAUGUGUCUUACUGGUGUGGAUUUUUUUUUUUGUUGCCUUUCUUCCAUCCUCUGCCUCUUUUGGCCCCUUAUUUCUUGGGAUUGUAUCUAAUCUUCUUUGUAAAUGAAGGUGCCUUUUCCCCAUAAUUAUUAUUACUAAUAGGUAGGUCCCAAUUUAGUCCCUAUAGAUUGUAAUUGAAAUUUAGACACACAGAUUGUAAUUGAAAUUUAGACACACUGGUUUGAUAAAA